AUCCAAAUCACAACCUAUCCAACCUAUCCAACCUGACUUACAAUCCCAAUCUCGACCAGUAACUCCACAAAAUCAACCAACUCCUGAGCCAGUAUCAUAUACAAUUCAGACUAUUCCAAGUCCAACAGUUCUUCCUGAUCUUACUACAGUUUUAAAUUUUUUGGAAUCGCACCUUCAUAGAGAUCGUACCACAACCCUCACAACUCUUCGAAGCCGAUUUGGUCUUUUGACCAAUGAUUUGGUUAAUGAUAGUGUUGAUGCCAUGAUGGCAGUGCUUUUUCCGAAUACUUCUAGACGAUCACGAUCAUCAACCCCGACUCUUCCAGAAAAUUUUUAUUUUGAAGAAAUAGAGGAUUGGUCUUAUUCACCACCACAUCCAGUUGAAGCAAGAGAUACUUAUGAAGCUGAGAUCCUUAAAGACGGACUGAACCUUCCCCCAAAUUAUUAUAAGGAUGGAAACUUUCCGUCAGUUCCACGCCGUGCUCAUAACGUACCAGCAUCGUUUAUAAAGAAAGGAAGAAAUAUGUCUUCCAAACAACUAUGCGAGUAUUAUGCUAUUAAUAAUGAGUUCUCAAAAUGGAUCAAUGAUCUCUUCAGGGGUGAAUUGCAUGCAUUAUUUAUCCGAUGCAGAAACCUUGAUGACUCCAAAUCUAAUGCACAUCAAAAUUUCGUUCCACCUUUAUUGAAUGGCGGCAUGUUCUUUGGACAAGGAUUAACAAAUUGUUUGAGGAUUUGCAGAGAAGAGCAAAAAGCAAGGGAUGUUCAAAAAGUGUGGCAGCAGUUUCUUGUUAACAUUAAUAUUCCUGCUAUUCGUGAAGAAUCUACCAUCACCAAUAAUUUUGAAAAGUUACUUUCUGAUGUGGUUCGUGCUGGACUAUGGGCAAUAAAUUUUUUUCAACCUAAAGAUGCUCAAGCAAUAUUUUUUAACUUAAAUAAUGACUUGUACACCGUCAAUUUGAAUGUUUUAACUCUUAGUGGUUGA